AUGGCGUCCCUGAAUAAUCUAUUUCUACUCUUGACGUGGGUUCUGCUCUUGUUCAUGUUAGUAGAUUCAAGCGAGCAGGCGAGUUUGCUCCGUGAUGACUUUUACAAGGACUCGUGUCCGGACGCCAAGUCUGUGAUAAAAGCAGCAGGUUGCGACGCCUCGGUGUUGCUGGAUGGAAAUGACACUGAGAAAACUGCUCCCAUCAAUUCGAACCUGAUCGGGUACGACGUGGUGGAUGACGCCAAACAAGCUGUGGAGGCUAUAUGCCCCGGAGUUGUGUCUUGCUCCGACAUUUUGGCCUACGCAGCUCGCGAUAGUACUGUCAAGUUGAAUGGUACAGGCUGGACCGUCCAAGGAAGGAGGAGAGACGGACUUUUCUCUUGUGCUGACGCUGCAGAAAACGAGCUUCCAUUACCAACAUUCAACGUUUCUCAGCUCAUAGAAUCUUUUGCCAGGAGGGGGUUAUCCAAGACGCAGAUGGUCAUCCUCUCAGGAUCCCACACAGUAGGAGUCGGGCAUUGCGACAAAUUCAUCGAGCGCCUGUACAACUUCAGUGCAACUCAUUUUACCGAUCCUUCGAUUAAUGCUUCAUACGCGCAGCAGUUGAAGAAAGACUGCCCGCAGGCAAUCUUCAACACCACUCUGGAGAUCUUCAUGGACACCAUCACGCUCGGUGAGUUCGAUGCCAACUACUACAAGGUACUUUCAGAGCACAAAGGAUUGUUCACGUCCGAUCAGUCUCUCGAGCGUCGGUUCGACCAUCGAUUCGGGAAAGCUAUGCGCGCAAUGGGUGCUGUGGGAGUGAGAGCCGAAUUUCAGGUUCGCAGAAACUGCCGCACAGUGAACCCAUGCUGA